CGCACAUUAUAACCGCGCUAACUAAACGUGAUGUGAUUGACACAAGUACUUUUCGGCGUUUUCAUUAACAAUUUGUCACCUACAAAUAUCUGACAACAUUUGAUUAAUUCGUCCAGAAAGACAAUUCUAUUACUGUUGACGGCACACAAGAAAAAGAUAAGAGUUGCACUUACGCGCCUCACUAUAAUUUGAUCAUCCGCAAUGUCCUACUACAUGUUUUACGAUGGCUAUUUCCUCACAGCAAGCUUGCCUCUAGCGAUACUCUUCAUAGUCUUUGGUUUGUUCACCGUUGUGGGUAAUAUUAUGGUUUGUGCUGUCUUUAUACGCGAUCCAGGGCGUAAUCUGAGAAGAAUAUCGAACUACUUUGUGGUGAAUCUUGCUUUAGCAGAUAUUCUGGUUGGGGUGACCGUUGAACCGAUAAACGCCGCGAGUUAUUGGUUGAACAGAAACGACAUUUUGUUCGCGUACUACAUUUUCGCAGUGCUUUCCUGUGUGUGUUCUAUAGUGAACAUUUGCGCGCUAAUGGUGGACAGGUAUAUAGCGGUGAGUCGCGCAUUCAGAUACCGCACAAUUGUCACUUCAUUCCGCGUAAGAAUUUCUCUGGUCGCCAUCUGGGCUUUCGCGCUUCAUUUUGCUCUUCUACCAAUAAUCGGUUGGCGCUCCGCCAGCUACCAAGUGUACUUAUACGCACUGGGAGUUCUUUCACCGACAUUGGUGAUGUUGCUAUCGUUUUAUGGCUUGCGGCGAAUACUCAAGAAACAAGUUGAGGACUUGAAGUCUUUAUCUAACGCUACAGAAACGGCGUACACCCGGCGGGGUGUGGAGAGAGAGAAGCGUGUCUCAACAACAGUCUUCAUCAUGCUUGUGGUGUUCUUAAUUUCGUGGUUUCCAUUUGUAAUAGUGGACUUCUUAUUGGUGUUUGGGUCAACUAGCCAAGACCCUAGGGUUCGUUUGGCCAGGGACAUCACUUUAUCCCUGGGUUUCUUCUCUUCAGGCAUAAACCCUGUUCUUUACGCGUGGAGAAUUCCAGAUUUUCGUAGGGGGCUGAUGCUGUUAUUUGGUUGUAAAAGAUUCAGAAGAGUUCACAACACUGGGAAUUCGGACACUGACCAAACUCAAUUUAGUGUUGGGCGAACAAGGUUUAUUACUGUUAAGAACUUUUCAGGCAAUUCUGGGGAUAGUAGUGUCAGGUGCAUCGGAUUUAGCAAUGUGAAGUAGCUUGACCCAAGCAGACCGCCCCCGGGAGACCUGCACUACUUCAUUCGCGAUAAGACACUUUUUUGGGCCAUAAAAUUGGUCUUUUGGGGCAAGAAAUGUUAAUUGCUUACUCUAACUCAAAGCGACAAAAGGAAGAUAUCCUUCUUAGCACCUCUACUUUCGGGAUAAUUGAGUCUUUUUUUUUAAUUAAGACGUCUAUGACGUGAAGGACAAUGUGAUGAUAAACGUUUAGCCGGUUACACAAUUGAGGUAUUGAAAAGGGUUUAGCGCCAAUCAAUUAAAGAGUUUCUCUUUCUUCGCGUUUAACUGUGAACACAGUGGUCUUGAAACGCGAUGACGUGAAAGGGUAAAUUUUAAAAACUGAAACAAACCGCUAUGUGUGCUAAAAAAGCUCUUAUUACCACGGCUUGCAAAGACAGGAAUUGUGAACAAAAGUGCUAAACAGAACGGCGACGGCAGAGAACAAUGAAGAAUGUUUGAAAAAAAUCUUAAUUUCCUUUCAUUAAUUCUGUCUGAAAGAUUUCAACAUUAUUCCAUCGACUUUCGUAGGAAAAACUACGGGGAAAGUUUCAUGCGAUGACAUAGACCUUAGCACUGUAAACUCGCUUAUCCUUGAAAUAAAGUUUACAAUUAUUUUCUUUA